AUGGAUCACACACUGAAGUGGGGAACACUUCCACCCAAGCGCCCAUACCUCAAGCCCUUUCAGCUCUUGGUGCUGGCUGGUCUUUUUUACUUCUGUUCAGGCAUCAUCCAGGUGACCAAAACAGUGAAAGAAGCAGCAAUGCUAUCCUGUGAUUACAACAUAUCCACUGAAGAACUGAAGAGAGUUCGCAUCUACUGGCAAAAGGAUAAUGAAAUGGUGCUGGCUGUCAUGUCUGGAAAAGUGACGGUGUGGCCCAAGUACGAGAACCGCACCAUCACUGACGUCACCAAUAACCUCUGCAUUGUGAUCCUGGCUCUUCGCCUGUCGGACAAUGGCACCUACACCUGUGUUAUUCAGAAGCCUGAGAAAGGGUCUUACAAACUGGAGCACCUGACUUCGGUGAAGUUAAUGGUCAGAGCUGACUUCCCUGUCCCUAGUAUAACUGAUCUUGGAAAUCCAUCUCCUAACAUCAGAAGGAUAAUUUGCUCAACCUCUGGAGGUUUUCCAAAGCCUCACCUUUCCUGGUUGGAAAAUGGAGAAGAAUUAAAUGCUACCAAUACAACACUUUCCCAGGAUCCUGAAACUGAGCUCUACACGAUUAGCAGUGAACUGGAUUUCAAUAUGACAAGCAACCACAGCUUCGCGUGUCUUGUCAAGUAUGGAGGCUCAACAGUGUCACAGACCUUCAACUGGCAAAAAUCAGCCAAACCAGCCCCUUCUGCUAAUCAGCUCCUGCUCUGGGCCAUUAUUAUCCCAGUCUCAGCAUGUGGGAUUUCUGUGAUCAUUGCAGUAACACUAACAUGCCUGUCCUGCAGACAUGCUGCAAGGUGGAGAGAGAGAAGGAGGAAUAAGGAGAGCAUAGAAAUGGAAAGGUUCCCCACAUCUACAUAGGAUCUGUGGAAGGAUUGGGCUGACCAGAACACCUCGAGGUCCCACCUCCAUCUGAGAUCGACCUCUUCUUGGAGCUUCCUCAAAUGGCCAGGAUUAUCCCACCUCGACCUUCAUUUAUCUGUUCU